GUGCUAAUCAACCCCUCUGCCAAUAUAUCUUGCGGAGAAUACGAACUCUUCGAAAACCUUGGCAAAGUGGCUGCGCGUCUGCCAUUAUCCCCUAUUGCCCCGAAUCGUAUCUUUAUUCAAUUUCCAAAAUAAACAUCGACAAUCACUAAGGAUCCUGCUCUCGCACCGGCUCAACACAGUCUCUACCGUCGCAAGAACCGCACAAAAGCCGUCGCGAUGCUGUUUUCUCUGAUUCUUGGUGCCUCACUGGCACAGGCAUCCCUGCAAUCGCUGACUUCGUUCUGCGGAACCCCGGACCCCAGCGACAAGCAAAUCGCAAGAUCGCUGGCCGGCAGAGAUGUGAACAGUGGGAGCAGUCUUCUGGCCGCCAACAUCUCCGUGCCCGUCUAUCUCCAUUCCAUCGCCCCAAAUGAAACAGCUCUUUUAAGUGAAGCCAAGCUCGAAGAGCAAUUCCAAGUUCUACACGACACCUUCAGCAAAUACGGCAUCACCAUGACCCUGGGCGGCACGUCGCGCAUCGUGAACGCCACCUGGUCAACAGUCACAAACCCAACCGACGAGCUCGCCAUGAAAUCCGCCCUCCGCAAAGGAAACUACCAGUCCCUCAAUAUCUACAUGCAAGCAAUCCACCCAACCCUAGGCCGCUGCUUCUACCCCGAAGCAGACGCCUUGCCCGGCUCCGAGACAUUCAUCCUGGACGGGUGCCAGAUUGACGCCAACACGGUCCCCGGCGCAGACUCGCCUACGGGGAACGAUCGCGGGUACAUGGCGGUCCACGAGGUCGGACACUGGUUCGGCCUGCCGCAUACUUUCCAGGGAGGGUGUACGGGGACGGACUUCGUUGAUGAUACGCCUGCGCAGGCUACGCCUUCUUGGGAUUGUACGGUUGGGCAGGAUACGUGUCCUGAUUUACCUGGCGUGGAUCCUCUCUACAACUUUAUGAAUUAUCAAGCAGAGUAAGUCCAAGACGUGUCGGCAAGUUGCAUGUCUAUCUGGCUGACGAAUCCUGUAGUAACUGUUGGAACGAGUUUACGCCCGGCCAAGUCCAGCGAAUGCAUGAGCAGUGGGCGACAUUCAGGGCGAACAGCACAGUCUAAGUAUGAAAAGGGAUAUUCUUCACUCUUAUUUUUGAAAGAGCGACAGACUCAUCUCCAAUUGAAGCCUGUAUGACAUUUCGCAGUUAAUUCGAUACUUGCAUAUCCUCACGGACCUGCCACAUGCACUUGUUGAAGGGAAAUUGCAGGUAUCCGCGCCACCGUGUCCCACCCGGUUUGCGGCACCAGGUCGUCCGCAGCUCCAAAAGAAAAAGCGAGCAGAAAUCCUGCUGGAACGGAAACGCAUGGGAUAGUGCUGCAGAAAGGCAAAAGAAACUCCUCGACGGGGAAUUGAAC